CCCCCGGGACCGCGCCGUUCGGGGGCGGGCGGAGGCGGCGGCGGCGGCGUCCGCACCGGAGCCGAGCUCAGCCGAACCCUUCCGAGCUCAACCGAACCGCUCCGAGCCCAGCCGAACCCGCUCCGAGCCCAGCCGAACCCGCUCCGAGCCCAGCCGAACCCGCUCCGAGCCCAGCCGAACCCGCUCCGAGCCGAGCCGAACCCGCUCCGAGCCCAGCCGAACCCGCUCCGAGCCCAGCCGAACCCGCUCCGAGCCGAACCGAACCUUCCCGAGCCCAGCCGAACCCUUCCGAGCCCAGCCGAACCCUUCCGAGCCGCCCUGAGGCGGGCCGAGCGCGGCCGCACCGGCCGUACCGAGCCCCGCCGAGCCCCCCCGCUGCCGCCGCCUCUCCCCUCCACCAGCCAGCCAGUAAUUUUCCAAGCCCGGUCGGGCGCUUCCCGGUUGAGUUUCCCGGAGGAUCGGCGGGGCCAUGGGAGACAAAGGCACCCGGGUGUUUAAGAAAGCCAGUCCCAACGGGAAGCUCACCGUUUACCUGGGGAAGAGGGAUUUUGUGGAUCACAUCGACGUGGUGGAUCCUGUGGACGGAGUGGUGCUGGUGGAUCCCGAGUACCUGAAGGAGAGAAAAGUCUUUGUGACGUUGACCUGCGCCUUCCGCUACGGCCGCGAGGACCUGGACGUGCUGGGGUUGACCUUCCGCAAGGACCUCUUCGUGGCCAACGCCCAGGCCUUCCCGCCGGUCCCCGAGGAGAAGAAACCCCUGACGCGGCUGCAGGAGCGGCUGAUCAAGAAGCUGGGCGAGCACGCCUACCCCUUCACCUUCGAGAUCCCCCCCAACCUGCCUUGCUCCGUCACGCUGCAGCCGGGCCCGGAGGACACGGGGAAGGCCUGCGGCGUGGACUAUGAGGUCAAAGCUUUCUGUGCGGAGAACCUGGAGGAGAAAAUCCACAAGAGGAACUCGGUGCGCUUGGUGAUCCGUAAGGUCCAGUACGCGCCGGAGCGACCCGGCCCCCAGCCCAUGGCAGAGACCACCCGGCAGUUCCUCAUGUCGGACAAACCGCUGCACCUUGAGGCCUCCCUGGACAAGGAGAUCUACUACCACGGAGAGCCCAUCAGCGUCAACGUCCAUGUCACCAACAACACCAACAAGACGGUGAAGAAGAUCAAAAUCUCAGUGCGCCAGUACGCCGACAUCUGCCUCUUCAACACCGCCCAGUACAAGUGCCCGGUGGCCAUGGAGGACGCUGACGACAUGGUGGCCCCAAGCUCAACGUUCUGCAAAGUCUACACCCUGACCCCCUUCCUCGCCAACAACCGGGAGAAGCGGGGGCUGGCGCUGGACGGCAAGCUCAAGCACGAGGACACCAACCUGGCCUCCAGCACGCUCUUAAGAGACGGAGCCAACAAGGAGAUCCUGGGCAUUAUCGUCUCCUACAAGGUGAAGGUGAAGCUGGUGGUGUCCCGAGGAGGCCUGCUGGGAGACCUCGCCUCCAGCGACGUCGCGGUGGAGCUGCCCUUCACGCUGAUGCAUCCCAAACCCAAGGAGGAACCGGCGCACCGGGACGUUCCAGAGAACGAAGCUCCCAUAGAUACCAAUCUGAUAGAGCUUGACACAAAUGACGACGACAUCGUGUUCGAAGACUUUGCCCGCCAGCGACUCAAAGGCAUGAAGGACGACAAGGAGGAUGAGGAGGAGCGGACAAACUCCCCGCAGCUCAACGACAGAUAAGCGAGCCCCCCCCCCCGCCGCAGCUCGCCGGGCCGCCGCGCGCCAGUAACACCCGUGCAUUAGGCUUCUUCUCUUUUGUAUAACGAUUAAUUUUGUUUUCUACCUGUACCGGGAGCCUAUGGAUCGCCCGAUGGCGACAGCAAUUAUAACCUUCCAGCUGUG